GCACCAUAUCACAAGGCAGACGACCACUGGUUGUGAGAACAGGGAUCAGUAGAUUCAAGCCGUCUGUGUUCCCGCGAAAACGGCUAAUCCCUGCAAUGCUUUCGCCCUCCUUCUUGUACAUUCCUCAAUUUCAACCACCCUGUUUGUUUCUUCCUCAACCAUCCCAAUCGUCAAAAGGGAGCAAGCAAGUUGGGAUAAACCAGAAGAAGUACAAGAAUCUCACAAAGUAUCUUUGUUUUUCUUGUAAAGAUCGCUUGUUUUCGAACAGAUUACAGAAAACCUGCCAUGUUUCCCAUUCCGCACAAAACCCAGACGCCGAUUUAUCUGAUUCUGUGUCGAGGGAUCUUGGCGUACUUGCUUCCUUGAUUCAGUCGUCUUGUACUGUUAAAGAAAUUAGAAGAUUACAUGCAAUCGUUGUAAAAUUUUUAGGGGCUCCUGUGACGUUUGUAGAUAAUAAUUUGAUUUCUAGCUAUGCGAGAGUUGGUAAAUUAUUGGAGGCUCGUAAGGUGUUCGACAGAAUGAUGGAAAGAAAUGUUGUUUCAUGGACUGCGAUUCUUAAUGGUUAUUUGAGAGCUGGGUUCGACGAAGAAGCUUCACGGUUAUUCAGCGAGUUGGUUGAAAGUGGCGUACAAGCUAACAGUAAAACAUUUGUGUGUAUAUUGAACCUAUGCAGUAGGAGAUCAAAUUUUGAGCUUGGAAGACAAAUUCAUGCUUGCAUUCUAAAAGGGAAUUGGAGUAACUUGAUUGUUGAUAGUGCCGUUGUUCACUUCUAUGCCCAAUGCUGUGAUCUAUCUUCUGCAUUUCAAGCAUUUGAUCGAAUGUUAGAGCACGAUGUAGUUUGUUGGACCACAAUCAUAACAGCUUGUGCACAACAUGGUCAUGAAGAAGAGGCUUUUCAUUUGUUUGCAAAAAUGCAAUCUGAGGGUUUUAUUCCAAAUGAGUAUACAGUGUGUAGUGUUCUGAAGGCAUGUAGUGAAGUGGAGGAUCUAAGUUUUGGGAGACAACUACAUGGUGCUUUAGUUAAGAGUAUGUUCAAGGAUGACGUUUUUGUAGGGACUUCUCUAGUUGGCAUGUAUGCAAAAUGUGGGGAAGUUUUAGCAUCUAAAAAAGUGUUCGAUAGAAUGAGGAAGAGAAAUACUGUCACAUGGACUUCCAUGAUAGCAGGCUAUGCACAAAAUGGACUUGGUGAAGAGGCCAUAAGCCUUUUUCGAGUAAUGAAGAGGCGAAAUAUAUAUGCAAAUAAGUUGACCAUUGUCGGCAUCCUUAGGGCUUGUGGCUCAAUUGGGGCCUUAACCACUGGAAAGGAAGUUCAUACUCAGGUCUUGAAGAAUUCCAUCCAAAACAAUAUCUAUGUAGGGAGCACCCUUGUCUGGUUCUACUGCAAAUGUGCAGAGUUCAUUUAUGCUUCCAAAGUUCUUCAAUCCAUGCCUUUUAGGGGUGUUGUCUCAUGGACUGCAAUAAUCUCUGGUUAUGCACAUCUUGGAUAUGGUUUAGAGGCUCUGGAGUUCUUGAAAGAAAUGCUGUGCGAAGGUGUUGUGCCAAACCCAUUUACUUAUUCAUCAGCUUUAAAAGCAUGUGCCAAUGUAAAAGCUCUUUUGCAAGGUAAAUGGAUUCACUCAUCUGUUAACAAGACUUGCUCUUUGUCUAAUGUGUUUGUGGGCAGUGCUUUAAUUGAUAUGUAUGCAAAAUGUGGGUGUGUUUCUGAGGCAAUUAAAGUUUUUGAUAGCAUGCCUGAACGGAAUUCGGUGUCCUGGAAGGCAAUGAUUGUAGGGUAUGCAAGAAAUGGGCUUUGCCGAGAGGCUCUAAAGCUCAUGUAUCGGAUGCAAGCAGAAGGAAUUAAGGUGGAUGACUACAUCCUUACCACAGUUCUUAGUGCAUGUGGAGAUGUUGAAUUGGAACUAGAGUCCUCAUCUGAACGUUGCCUUCAGCCAAAUUGAACCUUUGUGUCAUCCAAGCAAAAGAUGGAAUUCUGGGGAUUGACAAAAUGGUAGCUAGUCCAUGUAGAUCAAUGUUACAUUAGUUAAUGUUGGGCUAUGGAUGGAGAAUGACAAGAAAAUAUACAAGCCUGAUUGAGAAUAAGGCCUAGAAGUCCUUACAAGGAGUGAAAUCAAAUACAUUCCAGUGUCCCAAUCUGAGUAUGAGAAUGACAAAUUGCUGGAAGCAGUCUCAGAGAUGUAUGAACUACCCGGCAGUUAAGAGAAAUGUGCUUCCUCUAUGAUCUAUGCUUUGUCAGAUGCAUGCAUCUAUGUUUAUUUUAAGCAGGUUAGUUCCAAGAGAUUCAUAUGGAAUCUCAGUUGCUCAA